GCAAUUAUAUAAAUAUUUCAGUUUCACAAUAAAGAUACUCAUCUAAACAUACCAGAUGACUACUCCAUGCCGCACUGGAUCAAUUUAUCAUUUUACUCGACGAAUAAAAAAAUCGCCUAUUCCAAUUUCAUCCCGAGAAUAAAAUUGCCACCACCUUUACCGGACUCCGAAGUCAAAAAAGAUUCACCCAGAACAAAACUUCACCCCGAAGAUGAAUGUAUUCACAGCACUUUCUUCGAUUAUGAUGCCUUUGACGCGAAGAUAUUCCAGAUGCCUCCUGCUCAUCUCACAACAGAAACUAGUUCGCUUCACAAUAGAAUUCCUCCUCGCUACAAAAGGUCCUCGGGUAGUUUGUUAGACUCCCAAGAGAUCAUCAAAGGUCAAAGGAGGAGAAAGUUAUCUGAUCCAGAUAUAAUGAUUAGAAGUAAUUCAAAUCCACGUUCCGAACCAAUCGCUAUACCUCCUACAGCUAGUAGUCCUGUUGGGUCUCAUUAUCCCGAAGAAAAAGAAUUGUCCCCGCCAAUCCGAAUGGUUGUGGGCUCGGAGGGAUCACCUCCCUUAGAAUCCAGGGCGCUGAUAAACCCUUUCGACCCGUCCCACGUCACUAUCAAACUCACCUCAAAUCGUAGGCGAUGGACGCAUAUAUUUCCUAAAGGUCCAACGGGAGUUUUGAUACAGCAGCAUCACUACCAAGCCGUUCCUGCUCAGAAAGACAAGGAUAUCGAGGGGAAUGAGAAUGGAGAUAAUCACGUGAACCCUCAGGGUCCCAGGUCCUAUAAUACAUUAACUGCUUUGCAGGAAUGUGAGUUCAAAUUUGUUUGUUUCGAUUACUGCU